AUGGUCCAUACAGUGAUAGUUCAUACACAGCCUAACAGUAUUUCCUUGACAUUUUGUUUUCUUUCAUUUUCAACUCCCAGUUGUUUAUACAGAAUUAUAGAUAUAAUAGUAGAAGUCGUCAGUGACAACUUCCUGCUGCACCUGCUUCUUACCACGGGCACAUGCAUGCAAAGGUUCUGUCAAAAGCCAUCUACGCAUGUGUUUUUCCACUCCAUAUCACCGAAAAGCAACGGUAUCUUUCUGGUGCCACCACCAACAGGUAUUGUUAGUUCUGUUGCCUCCAAUCUUAGUAGUAGUCGUCUCUCUGCAUCUCAGUCAAAUUGUACACUUUCAACUUUCUCAAGCAUUCGGCCAAAGUGGAGAUCAAUAUAUGAACUAGCAUAA